AUCUCCCGGAUCAACAACAUGCCGCUAACGCCCCUGGUCUAGUCUCUACAAAGACGUGUGUGUAUCUUUAUGCCCCAAAAGCCUGGAGCCAAAACCCCCCGCGACGGUCGCUCUCUUCCUCCGAGGAGUUCCCCCCCUCUCUCUCUCUCUCACACAGUGGCAGUAAUGGGGAGAACGAAGCAACUCCCGAGCAGGUCCCGCAAACGCACGAAGCAGCAUCAGCAGUCGAUGGCGGGAGGGAGUUCACCGGCGACAUCUUCUCGCUCCGCUCGUGGGAAGAGGACGAGCGAAUCAGACGCGCCUCAAGACCCUUACAAAGCAGGGACUCCAAGCCAAUCACGGCGGCGUUACAGGCACAGACCAGGGGUUAUGGCACUCCGUGAGAUCCGGAGGCUUCAGAAGUCAUGGAAGCUGCUUAUUCCUAUGGCUCCCUUUGUCAGACUUGUAAGGGAGAUUACUAAUUUCUAUUCAAAAUAUGUAUCUCGUUGGACCCCUGAAGCUCUGAUCGCAAUUCAGGAGAUUUGUCCAAUUGCUUCAGGCAACAGAAACUUAUAUACAAGGGUUGUUUGAGGAUGCUUAUCUGUGUACUAUUCAUGCUAAACGUGUUACACUCCGCUCUGCUUGAAUGUAAAAUAACCGGAUCCACCCCCACACCCAUUUGAGUGUGCCUGAUCCUGUACAUAGACACCCAAGAGUAUCCCUGAUGAUAAAUAUGUUUACAUAAGAGCAAAAGGAUUUACAGCUAGCAAGGCGGAUCUGUGGCAGAAGACACUGGUGAAAUGAGAAAAACAAGUUCUUCACUUUUUUGGCCACGUAAAAAGAGGACGCUUACAGAAUCAAAUAGAAGGCUCUCAAGAACUAGCGGUUGGCCGCGUUUGCUAUCGAUCGAUGCCAUGAGGCUAAAAGGAAAAACUAGCCUAAGCUGAUUGAUUUCUGACUCCUGAAACUAUUUUGUGGUUUGAGGCGAACUUGUGGAGUUUUGAGUUUGUUUGAGCUGGACGAGGUUUGUGAGUUUGAAUACAUAUAUACAUAGGAACUACACAAAAUUUAAAAAAAGAAAGAAUUAUCUGAGAUAAUCAUUUUUUUUGGGGCCUCUGAAAUGAAUAUAAAGUCGAUUGUAUAUAAUUAUUUUGUUUGAAAAAUAAAAAAGGAUUACGUAUUCUUUGUUUUCGA